AUGGCUCAACUCAAUCAACCCUCGAACGAGCCUGCUAAAGCGUGCGUGGAAGAACUCGGAGAAAUCUCGCCUCCAACAGUCCAAUCCAUGUCUCUACCGCACCCACCCCCGAAUCCAGUGCCAGACCUUAUGGAUCUUGUCAUCAAUCGAGAGUCGCGCUACACAACGCACUCACUCAUCACAUCUUACCUAGGUAUUGAUGAUAUACGCAAUGUUCAAUUAGCCUGCAGAAUGACGUCGGAUCUGUACGCAAACAUGAAGAAGACCCAGUGGAACAUUAACACAAGACUGCAGCCAUUCUUCAAGAACACUCAGACGUUGCGUUCUGUACAGGCCCAGACUGAGACUCUGAUCGGAAGCAAGUUCGCCGGAAAGUUCUUCCGUCGUCUGCAGGUCAGGAACGAACUUCAGCUCUUUACGCAAGACGGGGAGAAGGUGGAUGCUCUUAUUAGCUACCUUAAAAGCGAUGGUUAUGUCCUGGACAAAACAAUCCCCGGAGAUGUACUUCUUGCUUUCUCACAGAUUUCUGUCUUCAAGAAAUCGUCGGGUAGCAACGGUAGCAAGAUCACGGUCACUCUAAGGCACUGCGGCAUUUCUCCCAUCGACACAAUCCUCCAAGGCUGCAUGUGCUCUUCUAGAGCGUGCUUCAUUUCCUGGAAUAAGGCGUAUUGUCUGUUUCCUACUGCAACCAUCCUUGAACGAACGUCCUACCUCAUGGCUCCUAUGUGGCACAACAAACCCUCACCCGCAAUCGCCAAGAUGAGGCAAGAUUCCGACAAAGGUUUCACCGUCAAGACUGGCGAGUGGAUGGAUAAAGACGCAUCUGAGUCACACCCAGAAUUUGCCUCCGCGCGGUCCGUUGGCGACAAGUUCUCAUGGGUAAUGAAGCUUGAUCUCACCGACGUCGCACAUGCCACCGCCCCGAACUCGCUGCUCGAUGAUGCCCAAUUUUCCUUGGAAAUGCAGCAAUUGGAAAAGGUGCUGAACUCCGAGACAACCAUGCAGCUCACUAUGCUUGACCCAGACGAUAGGCCUUCUCAAUAUCACACCAUCGUCAGCUGUAGAAGAAACGACCUGAACGCUAAAGGUAAAUUCAAAGUACCUCCAAGCUGGAACUACUUCGACGCAGAAGUUCAAGCAGAGAUUCGGAGGAUAAGUAAGCAGUUGCUUGCUACCGAUCCGUGCUGCACGGAGUAA